AUGCUGUCUCUUCGCGCUUUCUCUCGUGCUGCCCCGCGCUUCUCGCGCUCCAUCGCCCGCACUUCCCUGCGCCCGGCUGUUCUCCCCAAGUCGACUUUUGUCCAGCCAUGGAAGCAAGUUGCGAAACCCGCCUUCGCUUCCUUUUCCACGACCAGCGUCUUCCGUGAGCCCGCUGCUGAGAGUGACGUGGAGCUCAUUGCUAAGCUCGAUGAGGAACUCAAGCACGAGAAGGCUUCCGGUGUUGAGGAUGCCCGUGAGCAGAAGGCUAGCAUCGACUACGUUCUUGAGGCUGGUGAGUGGAAGGCCAAGGACAUCGAGGGCGAGCAGGAGGUUGUCCUGACCAAGAAGUUUGGCAACGAGACUGUCAAGGUUACCUUCACCGUCGCCGAUAUCAACAACCUCGCCGAGGACCCCAUGGACGACCUCUCCGACGAGACUCUGGGUGAUGAGGGCGAGUACCAGGGCCAGCAGAACAAGGACGUCGAGGGCGAGGAUGAUGUCCUGCCCCCCACCUUCCCCGCCCGCAUCAAUGUCGCCAUUGAGAAGCCCACCAGCGGUGCCCUCCUGGUCCAGGCCGUCAUCCAGGAUGGUGACCUCCAGAUCGAGGAGAUUUCCCACUUCGCCAACGCCGAAAUCGCCAAUGCUCAGACCGCUGAGAAGGACUGGACUCGCCAGAGCCUCUAUGCCGGUCCCCCCGCCGAGAACCUUGACCCUGAGCUGCUUGCUUUCUGGGGCCGCUACCUCGAGGAGCGCGGCCUGAACCUCGAGUUCCAGAACAUGGUCACCGACUACAUUGCCUACAAGGAGCAGAAGGAGUACAUGCGCUGGUUGGAGAGUGCGUAUUCCCUUUCCAUGAGAAUUCCCAUGUCCUUUUGCUAA